UACAAAAAUCAUUCAACAAUUUAUUAGACGCAACAAAGUUAUGCAUCAAUUGUUUGUCGAAGUCUUAGCCAAAAGAGAUCUAUCAAAAGCUGGCGAUCUGUUCUCCAUCGACGACAAAAGUAUUGUCGAAGAUCUAUCCGAACUUAUACAUCAUAUCCAGAAGAUAAGCAGCGCCAGCAACUUCUUGGACAAACACAAUGACCAGAGUGUUGUCGAAAUUUGUUUGACACGAAUCACAAGUGCCAUCCGCGACACGGGAACCAUUGAAGAACAUGCCGGAGCACUGGUCGGACUACUAGAGUCAUGUCUGAUGCACGAUCUGAUGCCGUCAAACAAAGACGAAGAUCCGCCGCACGCCAAGAUUGCCAGCGAUGUUGUUUCCUGUAUAUUUCUGAACCACAGCAAGAAAUCGGUAAUGCGAUUGGCUGUUCCCAUAGCCGUCAAACUGUUGCACAGAGGAAACAAAGAGCUGAGCCGAAACCUGUCGAGCUAUCUGUCGUUGGCCGCCAUAAACAAUGCCGACGUACUAUCGCCGCACAUCCAGCCGAUCAUCGACUCGAUCAUUGGCGGCAACUAUUCACUGGCCCGGGUUCUGCCAAAGAUCUAUACCGUCAACAAGGAACCGAUUCACGAUCAUAUCAUGGCCUUGGUCUGCCUACUGCCGCAAUGUGAUACUCCCGAAAGGCUAUCUCUACUCAAUCUGUUUGCACUUAUAUCGAAAAAUCGGCCGUCAAUUCUCGAAACAAAUUUACCGCAAUUUAUGGACUGUCUGACCCAAUCGCAGACGGCUUAUCCAACUCUACAGAUAUUCUUAGAUAUGGCCCAAAACAAUGCAAAACCAUUCCAGGAGUACGUCCAUCGUGUCAUAACGGCAUCGGAAGCCCAGACAGGAAUGCUGUCCAUUGCGGCCCAGUUUCUCGGUUUGGUCGGCAAACUGAAUGCCAGCAAAGCCCGCGAAUGUCUCAAAUUUCUGACCAAUCAGUUAUCCAAAUCGGAUCUCUCGACAAUGAUAACACUGUUGCGUGAGAUCAAGUCAAUUGCCGAAGCCUUUCCGCAAGUGUUGCCAUCGUUUUUGCCACAAAUUGUUUCCCAAACGGAAAACUCAACGUCAUCUACUGUUCAGUCAUAUCUUCAGCAAAUCAGUUCCAUUAACAACAACAACAAUAAUAAUAGUAAUAACGGCACAUCCGGUGGUGGUGGCGGCGGCGCCGGAGCCAUAACCAUAGUUAGAGUCAAUUGUGAUAAUUCCGGUAUCAAUGGUAUCAGUGGUAGUGCUGGUCAGACAAACGUCGGCGGCGGCGGUGGUGUCGUCGGCAGCAAUACUAACAGCACAUCAUAUUUUACCAGUUCGUCGACAACUGGUAGCAGCAAUCAGAAGAAGUCGUCAAUACUUAGCGAAUCGACAUUUUCGUCGCCAUUCAAGUCGACCGGCAGUAAUAGAUUGGGCACAAGUAAUAUACAUGUCAUUCAUCGGAGUAUUCCUCGGCUGCAUAUUGUCAGCGGCGGUCACAUUAUUGGUCGUCAUUCGUCGUCUAAUGUUCACCGAAGUCUGACGGCACUGAUGAUGGCCAAUCCGUCAACGAGCCGGCAUCAGAUGAACCGUAUGUCCAUCGAGAGUGUCAACGCGCCGACAACCGGCGGCUCACAGAAGAGUGCGUCGAGUUCUUAUCUGAUGGCAUUGGCCGAAAAGGAGUCGGAAACGGCCAAAUCGUCCAAAGCGGUGGCCACUUCGGUCGACUCGCAGCUGCAAAGUCAUGCCCAGAAUGUGACCUCUUCGUCGUCAUCAUCAUCUCAUUAUAAUCUGAAACUAUCGAAAAGCGAACUGUUUUCGAACAGCAGCGGCGGUGGCGGCGGCGGUAACAACAAAUCACGCGACAAUAAGUCGCCAAAUCAUCAGCAAUCGGGUGGCGGUGGUGGUCAGCAGCCGCUGAUGCAGAGCCAGCUAAGCCGAUUGUCGACAACUUCGGCAGCCAUUAGCGAACCGUUUCCGAUGCGCGACGCUGUCCAACAUUUUUGCGAAAAACAUAUCGACAAAAUCAAGAGCUAUAUGCAGAAGAUAUUUGUUAAGAUACCGCUUCCAGUCAAGUGUACGAUUGAAGAACGAAAAGCCAAAAAGGUGGCCAAAUUGCACUUUGUUUGUCAAGGAAAAGGUGAACACUGUCUCUACUCGAAGACCUAUUUCAUAAUGAAGACCCGAAACGCCCGCAUAUGGAUUCAUCUGAUGUUUUUGGCUCUUCAGGCCAAAGCUUCGGCCGCUAUAAGCACACGGGAGACAUCAGUGGACGCAUUGAAAAACUGUUGGGACAGUCUUAAGGCCGACAAUAAGACAUUUCUAACAUUAGUCACCUCAUCGUUUCCGUCGGCCAAAGAUCAGGAUCUACUGAAUCAUGAACUUCGGUCGCAAAGGUAUUUCGAUGUUUUCGAGUUUAACGCCAUCGUCCAGAUCUGGGGCUGUUUUCUAUGUAAUCAUCCCGAAAAAGCUAACGGUUUUCUCAAGAGUAAUGAACCCGUCAUCGAGGGUCAACUGAAAGAAAAAAAGGGAAAGUGGAAACUAUUCAGACGAUGGCGGACCAGAUAUUUCACACUAUCGGGUAUACAAUUGUCGUAUAGAGAAGCCAAUGGCGACAAAGACGGCGAACCGGUAGAGAUCGGGCAAAUCCAGUCGGUUCGGGCCAUAGGCAGCUCCCGGGGCCGGACAAUACCCAAGGCUUUCGAAAUAUUUGCUAACGAAAAGACUUAUGUACUUAAAGCCAAAAACAGCCUAAAUAAUGAACAGUGGGUUCAGUGUCUGUCCAUAGCUAUGGCACACUCGCAGGCAAAAGAAGACAUUCCUAAGGUUAUGGUCUACUCAAUUAUCUAAAAAACAAACAAACAAAUUUUUCCAGCCCCCAUACCCCC